AGCUCUGCAUUCUGAAGCAUCAAGAGAGGAGAGAACAAGAAAGAAACAUGAGGAGGAACACUGUUCUUGCCCUUGUGUCCUGGCUCAUGCUGCUUGCACUCUUCAUCACCACCGCCACUGCAUCGCUGCCUUGCAGGUGCUGCUGGCUGGUGCAGCAUCCAAAGGUGACCUGUGGCCAUGCCUACUGUGGCGAAAACUGCUGCCCUCCUACUCCACCGCCAUCGUCGCGCUGAAUGGAAAAAAAAAUGCCUCAGGCUUGUUAGUCAGUAAUAUGAAAUAUGAAAUAAAGUCUACUGGAAUAAUGUUGUACUCAGCUGCUCUUCAGUGAACAUCUACACUGAUAUGCACCAAUGAAACACCUUACAUCAAGA